AUGGCAAACGAAGCUGAAGAGACUAUACGCAAGCUUUCCAUGCACAAAGGAGUAGUAGGAGUUGUAGUGGUGAAUGGCGAAGGAAUACCCAUUAAAUCGACUUUGGAUAACCACGUUUCUGUGCAAUACGCCGGUCUGCUUAGCUCUUUGGUGGACAAAGCGAAGUCUGUCGUCCGUGAUCUAGAUCCUACGAACGACCUCACAUUUCUACGUAUUCGAAGUAAGAAAAGCGAAGUUAUGGUUGCUCCAGACAAAGACUUUGUUCUGAUAGUUGUUCAAACCCCUGUUGAAUGA